CCGUGCGGUCGGCUGACUUCACGCGGCUGGAAGUGGGACAGCUGAAGUUCAUUCCUCUCAGCUGAUGAUGGCGGAUGUUGAUGUCGACAAAGAAACCAUGAAGAAUUACCACACAGCGUCCGAGAGAAUCAACCCCGACACCGGCCGCUUCCCGUACUGCGUCGUGUGGACGCCCAUCCCCGUGUUAUCAUGGUUGUUUCCAUUUAUUGGUCACAUGGGAAUCUGCACUUCCACUGGAGUCAUUCGAGACUUUGCCGGACCUUACUUUGUCUCAGAAGACAACAUGGCUUUUGGAAGACCAACAAAAUACUGGAUGCUUGACGUAAGCAAAGUCUACGCUAGUGGCUCCAACGCCUGGGACACGGCAGUGCAUGAUGCGUCGGAGGAGUAUAAGCACAGAAUGCACAACCUCUGCUGUGACAACUGUCACUCGCAUGUUGCCAUGGCUCUAAAUCUGAUGCGGUAUGAAAACAGUACCUCGUGGAACAUGGUCAAACUCUGUCUCCUCGCUCUGAUCUACGGAAAGCACGUCAGCUGUGCAGGCUUCCUGAAGACCUGGUUGCCUUUCCUGAUGCUGAUGGGCAUCAUCCUGACAGUGGCCCUGGCCAUCAACCUCCGGUGACCUGGGAGGCAGGUUACGUACACAGUGGAACCUCCUGCAGGUUGUACGUGGGGGGAUGACCUUUUUAACAACAAGGAUGGGCGAGGGGCAUUACACAGUGUCGAGUGAACAUGACAGAGGACAUAAAGACUACUCACCUCUCAAGAGAAUGCCUAACAGUGUCCCAACAUGCGUACGCAUGCUUGGUCUGUGGAAAGCCUGUUGCAUUUCUCCAGUGGUGAUGCAGAAAUAGCCUAGUGACGGAAAUCCAUUAAUAUUCAGUUAUUUUGAGAGAAGUGACUGAAUACCCCCUCCCACCACCACAACCACCAGGACCAUACAAACACACUUAAUGGAUUAUGAUUGCUGGAUUUUGAUUAUUGAAAGCCUGAGUACAGGUUAAAGCCAUCACCACCUGCAAAGUGUAGAAAAUGUCUCGCUGCAUUUAUAGCUGAACCGAGGUGCGUACAUUGUUGAAUCCUCUGAAGGAAUCACAUCUAUGCCUUGCUUUCAGAUGUUGAUGAUCUUGCUUUGUGAGGAAUAACUCAGUGCUUCCAGAAUGCCAUUUUUAUACCCGGGAGUACAAAUGUUAAAACAGUUACAUGCCUUUUAAAGGGAAUUUAUUGCAUUUCAUUCCUGGUCUCGCAUAGCUCUUCUACAGUUCUACAGCAACUAACAUGUGCCAGAGCGGUUUGUACAUUUUCUUACUUGUAUUCAGACUAAGGCUACAUCCAUACUACUACGUUUUUGUUUGAAAAUGCAUAAACUCCCCUGCUGAUACGCCUGGCGUCCACAGUACUCCAAAGCUGCUGGGGGCCCGUUUUAGUUUGAUAACUGCGGGGCUGCGUUUUAGUCUGGACGGGCAGAAACGCUCGUGUGGCCAGAUAUCAUGUUAGUUUGAAAAUGCCAUUUCCAAACAAAAUGUUGCAGUAUGGAUGGAGUCUAACUCCAUAAGAUAUUAGAAAGUUUGCAUCUUCUAAAAAGAAAUAUUUUUUAUAUGUGCAUUACAUGUAUCACCUCAUACACCUAGAUUGACUAUGUGACAAAGCAGUGCCUAAAAACGACCUUCCUCACACAUCCCAUAUUUUCAGCUGUUUUCAAAAAGAAAACGUUAAGUCCACAUCAUGGUUGACGCACAAAUUCCGUUGCCAUGGAUUUCUUGAGUAGAUUCAAAUCCCUCAUUGUUUGCAAUCAAACAGAAAAAAAGUGUUGAGCCCUCUCUUUGUCCUCGGUGCUGCCAGAAGCAGCAGGUAGCCAGGAUCCUCAGGUUUUUCACACUCACCGACCCCUGCUGAAUAUCCCCACUUUCUCCCGGCGACUGACCAGCGUCGCUCCUGCUGUUUUCCACCUCUGCAGAUCAGAUUCGGAGGUCAUUGUGAAAUGUCAGCACUGUUUUCACGAAGCUUUGAUAAUGUACCUGCCAACAUCCUGCCGUAAUCCAGCACAGAGAGUGUGAGCCUUUAAUUAAAGUCAGUUUUAUUUCUGUGGUAAUGGGGCUAAUACGAGGUAGGGCUAACACAGUGCCAGCUUUCUAAACUGUGCUCUCCUCAGAGAGAAAGCAGAUAUUCUUUGGACUUUUUGUGUGUAUUUCAGCCAUGUUGCCUGUAAAUAUUUGAACACAUAUUAUACUGUACACCAGGUGCUCUUUGUGUACUUUGCAAACUUGAUCACGUACUCUAAGGAUUUAUCCUUUGAAUAAUUUAGUGUCAUCUUUGUUUUCUUUACUCUAAUUCUGCAUUUCAUCUCUGCAUAUUUGUGUGAGUGUGUUUGUGUGUGUGCUUUAGUCAUGCACCCGACAGGAGAGAGCAUGUGAUUGCAUGCCAGCAUGUGUGUAUUGCAUGCAUGCAAGAAAUAGGGAGGGUUUGAGGAAGAAUGAAGUUUAUGUUUGACUCAUACUAUGGCUUCUUGAUUAAUUAUCAGCUGCAUUUCAUUGCAGCCAUCGAUUGAUUUCUUUGAUAUGCAUCACACAUAUCUUUCUCUUUAUCAGUUUCAAGUUAAGAUAUGAUAGCUGGUAAACCCAUAGAAGGAAUAUAUAAUAAAUUAGACUAUAACAGGCCUGCGUAUGUUAAUGCUAAUUUGAUGCUAUAGCCCGCAACGUGUGUAUCUCCAGAUUCUGGAAUACCUCAGAACUUUUUGUUCUCUCGGAGCAUUAAAACAAGGGAACAAAGACAGAAACAGAUAAUCUGGCAUCAUUUUGGAAAGUGGAUAUUGUCUUUUUAAAAACCCUUUUGUGAAUAUUUUAAACCCCCUUUCUGGGACAACUCAUGUUUGUCUUUUCCCUUUUUAAAGCUAUGUCACCAAGAAGUAAAUAGCUUAUAUUGUAAACACCACUUUAUGCCCUAAAAUCUCAAAUAUAUAAUAUAGUAUAUAAUAUUCUGGACAUUAGAUACAAGGAAGCAGACCAAUGGCCUUGCAUGCAGGUGGCUGUUACUCACAGUAAUCUGGAAAUAUGUUCCAUCUCUGUCCAAACUCAGUGAUGGUGUGGGUGGAAAAUACCUGUAGAAACAAAGAGAAAAGUGAAAAUCCCUUUCAUUCUCUGUAAUGGAGCUAAAUGUCAUAAAAUAGAGGGGGGAGAGCAAAAAUAUGUCUUUGAAUAUGUCGCUUGUUCUUUGGUGAAACAGCUUAUUCAUUGCAUUGGGCGCCAUGAAAGGUAAUGAAUGAAUAGCCCUUUGAAGUCAGCUGACGAAACUCACAACAUUGUCAUUUUACUGCGUCUCAUAUUUAAAUGUCUAUGUAUAAUUUAGGAAGAGAGAUAAGAAACUUGUUCAAAUAAAAUGGCACACCAGUCCUUUGUUGGAGCAUUUGGACUAAGAAGGCCACAUUCAUGGGGGAUCAUUUUAGAUGUGGCCGGCUUUUGGUGCCUUGUUGUAUCCAAGAGCCAGGUCCAGGAAUGUGGAGACAUGUGGUCCCAGUGAUUCAGACCGUUGACAAAAGACAGUUGGGAUGCUAUUAUUAGUGCCACUAUCCAUAUAUACCAGUCUGCAAUUUCCAAACCUCGUUUUGUUUCUAUAAUCCCCCAAAAUGUCUUCUAUGCUGCAGAUCAUUUAGCCCACUGGGGAUUGUAAGACUCAACUGCAAGUGAUUGUGUGAACUUCGAAUGUGUUUAAGACUUACAGCUAUAAUACCAAUAAAGAUGUCUAUUAUUGUA